AAAAUAAUGAAAUCCCACUGCAUCCGUUAUCCUGUUCCCAGUGUCUGGCUCUCGCGGCCUCGUCCUAGCUCGCGGCGCGCGAUUGCUGCGGUGAUAACGCAAUUUUUGGGCGAAAUAAACUGCUCCCUCGAUGGCAGUCGGGGUCCCGUCCAUGGAGCUGAACCGCUCCCCGCCGCUCCUCUCCGGAGGCCGAGCUACUUUGCAAGGUAAAACAUGCCUUCAGAAGACUUUCCUUGUGCAAGCAAAGAGAUCUGGGGGAUUGGACAAAGCAAAUACUAGGUCACAGGGAACACGAACUUCUGAACUAAAGAAAAGAGCACCCCUGACUCGUGGGACUGUUAGUGCACCUCUUCCAGUACCAGGCCACAUACCUCGACCUCCGUAUGUUGGGACAAAUAAUAUGCCAGAGAUAUCAAGCGAGAUACAGAUGCAUGACAAGGAGACCAUCGUCCACAUGAAAGCUGCAUGUGAGCUUGCUGCUCGUGUUCUUGAAAAUGCAGGAAAGUUAGUCAAACCCUCUGUAACAACAGACGAAAUUGAUAAAGCAGUGCACAAGAUGAUCAUUGAUGCUGGAGCCUACCCAUCCCCGCUUGGAUACGGUGGGUUUCCAAAAAGUGUAUGCACAUCGGUGAACGAAUGCAUGUGCCACGGUAUUCCUGAUUCACGAGAAUUGAAGAAUGGAGACAUAAUUAACAUUGAUGUCACUGUCUACUUGAAUGGUUAUCACGGGGACACCUCAAGAACUUAUUUUUGUGGAGAAGUCGAUGAAGCCAGUAAACGACUUGUGAAGGUUACUGAAGAGUGCAUGCUUAGGGGCAUAUCAGCCUGCAAACAUGGUGCCAGCUAUAAGAAAAUUGGCCGAAGAAUAAGUGAACAUGCUGAGAGGCAUGGAUUUGGUGUUGUGGAGCAAUUUGUUGGGCAUGGAGUUGGCCGAGUUUUUCAUUCACAGCCAAUUAUAUAUCACCAGCGUAAUAACAUGCCAGGGCAGAUGGUUGAAGGGCAGACAUUCACAAUAGAACCCAUCCUGUCCAUGGGAAGCAACAGCAUCGAGUGCGACAUGUGGGAAGACGGCUGGACGGCCGUCACGACGGACGGCAGCCUGGCCGCACAGUUCGAGCACACGAUACUGAUUACCAGGACCGGCGCGGAGAUCCUCACGAAAUGCUAGCACACAUCAGUCGGUGCACGUCAAACCCCCCAGUGGCCAGUUCAUCUCUGUCUCUCGGCCUACGUAGAUUUCUGUGGCGGAAUAAUAGGCGAUUGUUUUCUGCUGUACAAAGUAUUUCCUCCAACUGAUUUGCAAUACGGUACAGUUGAGGAUUUGCAAUACGGUACAAAGGGUGAAUUUAGGCAGGAACAGGGAGCUGAUUUUUUUUUCCUCGAAAAAACAGGGGGCUGAUUUGAAGUAGUGAAGGAACAGAUCUGAUGAUCUUCUUUUGGGGCUUAAUCCUUUUUUUUGGAACGA